AAAGUGUAACAGGAGGUACAUACUGGCAUGUGUUUUGGUUUCUUCCUGCGUAUUUUCCAAAAAAAACGUGUAAAUAAAAGAAAUAAGGAGUAAGCAAAACAAAAUGCCAACAGAAAUUGAAAAUAUAAACCCCAAUGUAUACGACAAGAUCAAGGAAAGAGUGUUGACGGCCAAUGAAGCGGACGAAAAUGUGCCAGAUCCUUUUGACAAACGAGAGAUUUUUGAUCUCAUAAGGAAUAUCAAUGACCCCGAACAUCCUUUGACCCUGGAGGAGUUGCACGUGGUGCAGGAGGACCUAAUCCGGAUCAGCGACGGCCAGAAUUCAGUGCACAUCAGUUUCACCCCGACGAUUCCCCAUUGUUCGAUGGCCACCUUGAUUGGCCUUUCCAUCCGCGUGAAGCUGCUCCGUUCGCUGCCGCCCCGUUUCAAGGUCACUGUGGAGAUUACGCCUGGAACCCACGCCUCCGAACAGGCGGUAAAUAAACAACUGGCCGAUAAGGAACGAGUGGCAGCCGCUUUGGAAAACAAACACCUCGCCGAGGUGAUUAACCAGUGCAUCUCCGCCAGGGGUUAGUUCAUACACAGAUUUUUUUUAUCCCCAACUUGGAUAUGUAUGUCUGCUGUUGAGUUAGUAAUAAUAAUAAUGUUUUAAUAGGGUUUCCUGGUAUAUAUAUUUCAUGACCUAUAGAAGUUACUACAAUUUAUGAUUUAUGUUAUCUACUAGCUUCUCCAAUUUGGUUCAAUUUUUUCUUAACCUUACUAAUAAACAAUUGUAUUUGUUAACAAUGA